GAUCACUAGCGCCAGUCAGCGUCUGACGUUGAAAAGAAAUCCUUCUCAGUGCCACGCCUUACUGGCCGAAAGCCUGACGUUCAGACAAAAUGGCAAGAGCGCGCGCAAACUCAGCAGCGUUCUGCUAGCGCUCGUAGCUUUUCCUAAUUUAUUUUUGCUUGGAUCAAAUAAUCCACGCGGCAAAUGUGAUGUGGUGUCUACGGAGGAAGACGGGGGAAACCUUCUUCCAACUUUUGUGCGGUGAAGAAUACACCGUCGGCCGCAAAGACGUCCAAAUCAUCGUCGACGGCGACGCAUCCGUGAGUCGAUCGCACGCAUUGCUAACAGUUUCAACAGUGCCACACAAUCGAAUCGACGACGUAUCGUUUGUACCCCUGCUUCGACUUAAAGACUUGGGUUCCAAGUACGGCACGAGGCUUAACAAUGUCCGUCUUACUGCCAACGAGGAGAACGUCGUGCAAAACGGUGACACCGUCACUUUCGGUCAGCUCGGAAGCUCUUUCACCGUUCACUACCAGCCUCCGAUGGUCAUCACUUCGUCCUGUCUCCAACCCGACGAAAAAGAAAAGCUUAAGGAGUCGGCUGCGAAGCUUGGGGGUCGCGUCAUGCCCGAGUGGAGCGACGCUUGCACCCAUCUCGUGAUGAGUUCGAUUCGACUCACGGUGAAGACGACGAGCGCGCUCGUCGCCGCUAAACCCGUCGUGAAACCGACGUUUUUAUACGACACCGUCAGUCGCUUACGUUCCAAGAACUGGAUGGACUUAAAUCCCUCAGACUACAUCCCCGAUAUCUCGGAAGAGAACCUCACCGUCCCCAAGGCGGAGCUCGAUCAAAACCCAGCGAGAAAGACACUCUUCUCUGGAAAGGUCUUUUACUUUCUUGACAAAUCACAGCACGCCAAGCUUGCUCCUUUGCUUGUAUCCGGCGGAGGCCGCGUUGAGUUGGCGAAGGACCCAAACAAGCCUCGACCGGUAUAUUUGGAAGAGAACAGUUGCGUCUUCAAGCCGUCCCACGGCAUUCCGGACCACCCGGUGUGCAAGUUCUUGACGAAGAACAAGCUCAGGGCAAUCCCGGAGUCUGACGUUGCACUGUCGGUGGCCCACUGCUCCACUCAGAAGCACUGCAACCCGCGUUCCACUGCGGUCGUGGCUUUUUGGGGAAACAGCCACACGCUGUCUUCGCAGUCGCAAGCCUUCUCGCCGGGAGAGGUCUACGUGCCGAACACAGAAGAUGACUCCGAGGUUGAUUGUCGGGGUAAGAAAGUCGUGCUGACCGCGGGGACUAUUCCAGAAAGCCGGCAGCUGUCCACGACUCCGGCCGCUAGCCGGCCCAGAGACGUUCCGAGUGCAAGCACCCUAGCAACCACACUAAACGGCGGUCACCAAAAUACUCUCGCCGCGACCAGUGAAGAGCCGUCCUUGAAGAUAACAUUGACCGACCCGAAUUCCGAGUCUCCGAGCCAAAAGUCACCUUCACGGCUGUCUCUGAGUCAGAAGCGGUCCUCUAGACUGUUAAGGUCAUCUUCAAAGUCACCUUCACGGUCACCCACCGAACCGCUUUCGGGGCACGGCUUGAGGUCAGCUCGACGGCUACGGAUAGCUUCAGACUCCCCUCCAAAGCCGUGUCCCGGGUCACCGUUGCAGAGUUCGAGCGUCGUCUCCACCUCUCCGGCCACGGAGCGGACCGUCCUUUGCGUCUCGAGACCAUCCAGAAGCAAAACUUCAAAUACCUUGACAAGCUCGACUUCAAAAACUGCUUGCAGGGUGACUGUAAAGUCCCCUUCAAGGUCCCCUCCCAGGUCCAAUUCAAAGCUGAGUUCCAAGUCGCCUUCAAAACCAUCCACAAGCAAAACAUCGAACAUCGCAACAAGGUCGGCUUCAAAGUCUCCUUCUAAAACAAGAUCGGCUUCAAAAGCACUCUCCAAAGUGACUUCGAAGUCGCCUUCAAAGUCCCCUUCCAAGUCCCCUUCGAAAAUCCGCAAGAAGGACGCAGCGGGCAGUCUUCCCUUAGAACUCUACUUCUCCCCGUGCAAGAAACGAAGAGGUGCUAACGGCACGCCCGCAGAACCGGCCGCUAAGCUGCCGAGAUUAGCCGAAGCCGGAGACACCGUUCAUAUCAAAGCAGAAGACGACAUCGAGGAGAUCAAGGAUGAGCCGCCUACGCCGCCUCCCGCCGAACCCGAACUGCAACUUUCAGAGGACCCCUUGGACAUGGCGCCGCACGAGAUGAACGGUGCCGAGGACAGCAUCAUGGGGUCUGGUUCAAGGUUAGAAUUGGCACAGCAGAUGCCGUCUUGCGAGCUCGAAGAGGCAGAUUCGGCUAGAAAGGACGGAUUGGAUUCGGCUCUGGUUACAGCCGCAAUCGUGGCCGGAGCGGACGAGCUGAGCGACGAAGCCGACGAAAGGAGCAUGGUCGUUGUCGAGUUUGAGAACCUAGUCCUGGCAAAUUCUUCUAGAAGGAAUGAGACGGUUGCGGUGAAUGCGGACAGCGGUCCCAACUUCAAGCGAUUUAGAAAGGUGAACAAGGAUCAACGGAGAGGACUGCCAAAGAUCAUCGGUGGGCCGGACCUCUUGGUUUAUGUUCCAAACCAACCGGAAGAGGUUUACAGUGACGAGGAUCCGGCGUCUCAGAACCACGCAGACCUUUUCAACUACAACCCACCAGAUCCGAAGCGGAGACGACAGUGACUGUUUGACAGAUUAUCAAAAAGCGAAAGUGCCUGUAAGCCGAGCAUUUAUUAUUUUCGUUUAAUGCUGGAACCCCUAGCUUUAAUUAAAGGUAAUUACUUUCUACA